CUGGGUCCGGCCCCGAGAGCCGGAGGGGCGUGCGCGCGCCCUCGGCCCUGUUGCGCGCGCGGUGUCACCUUGGGCGCGAGUGGGGCCGCUCGCGCACAGGACCCGGAGCCGAGGGCCCCUGAGCGGCGAUGGCGGCCACGGCGAGUCCCGGGGCCGGCGGGGUAGACGGGAAGCCCCGCACGUCUCCUAAGUCCGUCAAGUUCCUGUUUGGGGGCCUGGCCGGGAUGGGAGCGACGGUGUUUGUGCAGCCGCUGGACCUGGUGAAGAACCGGAUGCAGCUGAGCGGGGAGGGAGCCAAGACACGGGAGUACAAGACCAGCUUCCACGCCCUCACCAGCAUUCUGAGGGCAGAGGGGCUGAGAGGCAUUUACACUGGGCUGUCGGCUGGCCUGCUGCGCCAGGCCACCUACACCACCACCCGCCUCGGCAUUUACACAGUGCUGUUUGAGCGCCUGACUGGGGCGGACGGCACGCCACCUGGCUUUCUGCUGAAGGCCCUGAUCGGCAUGACGGCAGGCGCGACAGGUGCCUUCGUGGGCACGCCUGCCGAGGUGGCUCUUAUCCGCAUGACCGCCGAUGGCCGGCUUCCUCCUGACCAGCGCCGUGGCUACAAAAAUGUGUUUAAUGCUCUGAUUCGAAUCGCCCGAGAGGAGGGGGUCCCCACGCUAUGGAGGGGCUGCAUCCCUACCAUGGCUCGUGCUGUUGUGGUCAACGCGGCCCAGCUCGCCUCCUACUCCCAGUCCAAGCAGUUCUUACUGGACUCAGGCUACUUCUCUGACAACAUUCUCUGCCACUUCUGCGCCAGCAUGAUCAGCGGUUUAGUCACCACGGCUGCCUCCAUGCCUGUGGACAUCGUCAAGACCCGGAUCCAGAACAUGAGGAUGAUUGACGGGAAGCCAGAAUACAAGAACGGGCUGGACGUGCUGGUGAAGGUUGUCCGCUACGAGGGCUUCUUCAGCCUCUGGAAGGGCUUUACGCCGUACUACGCCCGCCUGGGCCCACACACCGUCCUCACCUUCAUCUUCUUGGAGCAGAUGAACAAGGCCUACAAGCGUGUCUUUCUCAGUGGCUGAGGUGGGCCAGGGGCCAGGGGCCCGGAGUGCCAGGGCUCCUGAUCUGCCGCUGCUCCCGCAUUCAGUGCACCCCUGGGGGCCUGAACUCUACUGCCCUGGGCCCCUCUAUUUAUUUGCCCUCCACGGUGUGGUUCUCUCCUCUGUGGCAAAGGACUCUGGUCUGUCCUACUCCUGCGUCCCCCUGCCUUGCUUGUCCAGAUUCUCAUGACCUCUCUGCCCCUGGCUGUGCGUCGGCAGCUGGGGGAGCUGGGAAGCUGCCUCGAGCUUUCCAGCCUCCUCUUGGGCGUUAGUUUUGGGGCAUGUAGGACAGCGGAAGAUUCCCCCUUCUCGGUGGGUAAACCAAGGUAGGGCUGAGGGAACAGGAAGCAGCAGAAGCUGUCGGGAUAGCCAGAAGGUCCGCAGCAGGUGGACGUGACCCUCCACCUCACUGAGGACGUGAUCAAUAAAUUGGAUUGAUGACAUCA